CUCUACGUAGGGGCGGAAACGAAAUCUGUAAGCAAGCAUUAGACUGGAACCCAGCGGGACAUCGCAGCAGAGGCAGACCCAGAGGCUCAUGGCGGCGAAGCCUCAAUAAAGAAAUAAAAGAAGUCGACCGAAAUCUAACCUGGCAACAGGUUAAAGCGAUAGCCGGGCAUCGCUCAGGAUGGAGAUCUUUCAAGUCGGCCCUUUGCACCACCGGAGGUGUACAGGAUCCAUAAGUAAGUAAGUAACUACGAGGGCUGUUCCAGAAACUUUAGCGUUCGAGCAUCAUUUUUCCGUCAUUUUAAAAAACAUUAUGAAGAAGUUAGUUGGAGAAAUAUUAACUCACAACAAGAGAGGAAAUUAACAAACGAACUUCAUUUUCCGUCCGAAAGUGAAAAAACAAGCGAGCAGAAAGUGCAAAGUGACUCUGUAGAGAUAACGAGCAACGAAGAAAUAGAAAUAAACGCCAAUGAACCGAUAGAGAAGAAUAACAUUAUUGAUUUUGAUGAGCUGUCUAAUCGACUAAGGUUGAUGAGUUUGAACUUCAACUUAAAAUGGUUAAAUACGAAUACCUUACCACGCAGUACCGUGUUUGAAAUGCAAAAAGAUGUCAGAACGAGUAUACUUAAACCAUGCGAGGAAAUCGUUACUAAUAUGGAGACAACAGGUUACAUCUCUUCUGCAAGCGGAACUAUGCUCAAGAAAAUGUUCGAUGUUUUCACCGGUGUAGAAACUGAGUAUAAGUUACUUCAAGAAUUAAAAGCAUCAGAUUUAUUUAAAGAUGCACGAGAAUUCAUAAUAAGUGAUGUUUUACAAGCCGGUAUUGUAAACAAUCAACAGCAACUGAUCAAUGAUCGAAUAAGUGGUAUGUUGAUGCCCAUACAAUUUCAUUUGAGGAAGUACUUAGAAACGACAAACAUGUUCCAAACAAUAUUAGCCUGUCUUCAUCCGUCCAAGGAUGGGCACGUGCGUAGUCUCGUAGAUGGAAGCAUUUGGAAACAACGGACAGCCGGUGUAGACAAAAUUGUUAUUCCUUUGAAUCUAUUUUUCGACGACUUUACCACGUCAGAUACUGUGUCACCACAUGCAUCUAGAACGUCGAUAUGUGCAAUAUAUUACUAUAUUCCUUGUUUGCCAGGACAUCUUUUAUCUAAGUUAGCGAAUAUUCUAGUUGCAGGUUACAUAUUAACUGAAGAUAGAAAACAAUACGAAAACGAUGAACUCUUCAGCAUUUUGGUAGACAUAUUGAUUCAAUUAGAGACAGAAGGCUUAGAUAUUACAUAUGAAGGCAAAACAAUUACAGUUCACUUUAUGCUUGGCUUCAUAACAGGGGAUAACCUGGGCAUUUCUGGCAUAUUAGAUCUAGUCGAAUCAGCUCGAGCCAACUUUUAUUGUCGAGUAUGCAAACGAAAUCGUGCACAACGAGAAAUAGAUGUGCGUGAAUAUCCUGAGAGUUUCCGUAGUGUAGAAAGCUACUAUUUAGAUUUAGAUCUAGGUGAUGUUUCGAUGACCGGAAUCAAAAAAGAUAGUAUUUUUAAUCGCAUUCCUUCGUAUCAUGUCGCAUUGAAUAUAUAUUUCGAUUUAAUGCACGAUUUGUGGGAGGGUGUGUGUGUUUAUGGACUUGCACAUUGUUUAAAGUACUUUGUUACAACCAAAAAAAUGUUUUCACUAGAUGAACUUAAUGCAAGAAAGAAUCUCUUCGUUUUUGGUAGUUUAAAUAACUCAAAUAUUCCUAACGAUAUUAAAGACGUUAAUAUAGCUAAAAGUAAAAUCAAAUUAACAGCUAGCGAGAUAAAAACACUGUUGACAUUCUUCCCGCUUAUUGUGGGAAAAGCGGUUCCAAAUGAUGAUAGCGUCUGGAAGUAUUUAUGCGGUCUUUUAAAAAUAUGCCAUAUACUUAUGCUGAGGGAGUUUCCACUAAGGUUGGUUGAAACUUUGCGAAAAUUGGUUGAAAUUCAUCACUCACAAUAUCAAGAGCUUUUCAAUCAUACACUCAAACCGAAGCAUCACAAUCUCUUGCAUUAUGCAUCAUCUUUACUCACUUCUGGCACACCGCGCCACCAAUGGGCGAUGAGGGGCGAAGGAAAGCAUCGGGAGGCAAAACAAUAUAGCAGAGUGAGCAAUAAUAAAAUCAAUUUAUGUAAAUCAUUAAGCAUCAAAGCAGGAUAUAAAUUUGCUUAUAAUGUGCUUAACAAUGCGUUCAUCCCUCCUACAAUAGAAAUAAACGAAUCUGAUAUUAAGCUGGAAUCGUUAAGACCAGAUCAUCAACAUCUACUAGGCGAAUUAGGUAAUAACAUCACUGUGGAAUAUAUUGAUCGUCUGAUAAAAAAAGGAUCGACUUUUGAAAAGGGUACCAUAUUUUACACAUGUCAGGAGAAUUUCAUAAAGCUGUUUGAGUUGGAGAGUAUAUUUAGAGAUAACAAAAACACACUCACGUUUAUUUGUACUAAAAUUAAUUCAAACGGUUUUAAUGAUCACUUACAAUCAUUUGAAGUGUACAAGUCAGGAGUUCACACAAUCGUAUCAAACGUGGAAGAAACGGAAGUAUUUGCAAUUAAUUUACAUAAAGUAGAUGAGACUUUUUUUUUUAGAUUCUGCAACUUUGUUGACUUAGUAUAAAAAUGUACGAUAAUAAAAUAAAAUAAAACUGAAUCACGUCUUUCCAUCAAAAACUGUAAUCGUGAUAUGCCCUAGUUUCAAUUAGCAAGCGCAUUAGAAACAAAUAGCAUCAACAUAAUUAGCCGCGGUAUUUUGCUGAUUGAAAGUAGAGCA